ACAAAAAGAUGAAAAAAGACAAAUCUAUUAUUGUUAUUUGUGAAUCAAGUCUCAAGAAAUUUUGUGAGUUCUCUGAGUGCAGUGACCUUGGUUUCUCUGUCACUUCUGAGCUCAUAAAGGCGCGAAAUUUAAAUAUUAAUUUACUUUCAAUUCGAUAAUAUUACAUUAACCGUAUGUAAAUUUUUUUUAAGGAAAAACAAAUCUAAUUCUAUAAGGUACAAAUAUUUGCCUCGCACAGAUGGGUCAAGAAUAAAUCUUGAAAAAUAUUUUUUCAAAUAGUAUUAGAUAUAUAUAUUAUUAUGGAGGUAACAACGGAAGAAGCUCAAGCUGUAUUAUUAGAAGGCAUGGAGGGUGCUCAGUAUAUAACCAUACAAAGAGCAGAUGGAGAAUCAAUGAGUAAAGGGGUUCCUCUUUUAACAUUAAAUGGAGAAUUAAUUUCUGAAGGAAUGGUCGUUGAUAUGAUUAAUGCUGGUGUUGGUACUGACUAUGGAGCUGCUACGCAAUAUUAUGAGGCUGAUGAUUUGUUGCCUCAUGAAUUAACAGAGGAAGAUCGUAAGUUAGCUGCAGCUUUAGUUGCUGUUCAAUUACAACAGCAACAAAAGCAACAACAACUUCAUAGUCAAUCGCAACAUGAAGAUUCAGCACUACCUGAUGUUUCUCAUUUGGAAACAUUAGCACCUGUGAACAGUUAUUCAAUACAAACUGUGCCCGAACCAAAUCCACCCACAAUUUAUCCAACUUUACAAUCUUUUAAGAGAAUAGGACAUAAUGUGAAACAGGAAUUUAUAAAUAUUAAAAGCGAAUACGAUGUAAAUGUAUCAGCUGAAAGUAGCGAGGAUACAACACCGACUCCUGGACCUAAACGUUCUUUACCUCAUAAAAAACGGAUUCCUCGUAAAUUGAAACAACAAACAAAGAAGAAUUCUACAAAAAAAGAUAUUGGUAAAACCAAUCAAGAUUCUAUAGUUGUGGAACAAAGAACUGAAAUGCAAGUUCAUGUAUUUGAGUGCGAAUUAUGCGGCUCUAGAUUUAGUAGCCAACUGAAAUUUUUUGAACAUUUGAAGGUACAUUAUGAACCAGUAAAACAAGAGACUAGAAUAGCUCAAGCAACAAAUACCAGUAUCACAAUAUCAGUACCAGAGACGGUACAAAGCCUAGAAAACACUGUGAUAGAAGAAUUUAGCGAACCCGAAGAUAUUAUGGAAGGAAUCAGAGGUGUAGUGGAAGAAACUGCAGCGCAUAUUAACGAUGAAUCGGAAUCACCAUUAUCCACUACAAACAAUGAAUCCAUGUUGUGGGCUAUAACUGAUGUUACUGAUCAUGUACACAGGGACCAUGUUAGAACGUCUACUACUACUGAACAAAAUUUACACGAAAAAGAAAAGACUGAUAUCCCACAGACGGCAAAAAAAAAGAAAGCUUUGAAAGCUCGAAAAUCAAAUGAUGAAUUAACGUGUCCUCAAUGCGAUCGAUCAUUUCAUCAUAAGAAUAGUCUUGUUUAUCACAUGAGAUCGCAUAGUGGUGAAAGGCCGCAUCAAUGUGAAGUCUGCGGCAAGAGUUUUUUUGCUGCUAGCGCAUUGAAGGUACAUAAGCGCCUUCACAGCGGUGAUAAGCCAUAUAAAUGCGAGGAAUGCGGUCGUCAUUUUAGACAAUGGGGUGAUCUUAAAUAUCAUUCAACCAGUAUUCAUUCAGAACAAAAACAAUAUCAAUGUGAAUAUUGUGGCAAAGAUUUUGCACGAAAAUAUUCUUUAAUUGUCCAUAGACGUAUUCAUACAGGUGAAAAAAAUUAUCGUUGUGAAUACUGUAAUAAGACAUUUAGAGCAAGUAGUUACUUACAAAAUCAUCGUCGUAUACAUACGGGUGAGAAGCCACAUCCUUGUACAGUUUGUGGAAAACCAUUUAGAGUACGAAGCGAUAUGAAAAGGCAUAUGCAUACACAUUCUCGAGGAAGAUCUGACAGGCCUUUAAACAGAAUAAUGACAGGGAAAAAUGUGGAAGAAGAUAAUGACAAAGGUGCACAAGCUAAAACUAUUCAGGAUCUUGUAAGAGAUUUAAAACUUGAGGUAGAAGCAACCGGAGUUGUAGAAAUUGUUCCACCGGAUGAUAAUCCUGAAAGUAUUUUGCCACAUGCUGGUGGACAAACUCUGGAAUAUACUGUAACGACAACCACAGAUGGAAAUUCUGAAAGAGAUCCUUUAGAAGCCGUUGUCCGUACAACUGAUAAUAUGCAAUACUUUUUUAUGUAAUUAUACAUCAAGCGAAGAGAACUGUAUAAUUUCAUUUACAUGAAUCUAAGAAAACAUAAAAUGAUAAGAAGAGAUGUGAAUAAGAAAAUACCUUAUUCAUUAAUUUUGCAUAACGAAAUAACUUUAUUUUCCUCUAUAAUUUUUUGCUCGGAUAUUUGUAAUUUAUGCCGACUGGAAAGUACAGAUUAAGAAUCCUAUACAAAAUAAAAAAAGAAAAUUGUAUAUCAAUUUAAAUACACAAUUAUAAAUAUAUUCGCAUAUACACAACAUAUUGUAACUACAUAUGCUCUCAAGGACAUUGUAUAUGUACAUUUUUAUGGUUAAAUAAUGCAGCUGUUUAUAUCGUGCAUAAAUGUUAAGAAAAUAUAUUUUUUACUUGGAGAUGUUUAUAGAAA